AUUCGUCCAAGAAAUGGUUCGAAAGCCGACCUUUCCGAGCACCCUAUACUGGCUCAGCCCUACAGAGCUAGCACAAACAUAUAGAAACAGAUCGAGUAUCUCCUCGAAAAAGGACAUCAUCCAUCCAUCCACUUCACCAGACGGGGACCAAGUUACUCUUCACACCGAAACCAAAUGGGAAGCCUGCGCAUGUGCAUCGACUACCGAGCUCUCAACAUGCAGACCAUCAAGAAUAAAUACCCUAUUCCAAGAAUUGAUGACCUGCUUGACUAGCUUCGAGGAGCCACGGUAUUUUCCAAACUGUAUUUGUGGUCCGGAUACUGGUAGAUAAGAAUAAUUGAGUUAAGUUCUCCUCCUACAGCUUACCCCCUAGUGCGUCGAAAGCCAUAGCGUCGCGAAUACUUCAUCAAUCAACGUGAUUCAAAUUGGGA